GCUCCAAUACAUGUACACACUGAAAUCAUUAAUAAUACAGUUAAUCCACUGGUAGGAAAUAGUUCAGUUUUUACGCAAACAAACAAUUUGACCUCUACUACAAAAACAAAAGCUGUAACAACAUCGCAAAACAUUUCAUUGAAGCCUGAACCAAGCAAAACAAUGCAAACAGGUAUAUGGGAAAACAUGACACCAUCUUUAACAAAUCAAAGUGCUGCCAUGACCACCCAGACAGAACAUCCAGUAAAUCAAAGUAGUAUUCCAACACAUAGUACACCACAAACUCCAAUCACGACUUCAUUCAGCUUAAUAUCCAAAUCACCAGCUUACAAUGAUAACAUAACUGUACCAGAAUAUUACUCGACACAAGUGUUAUCAACACAAGGAGAAGUCACCACACCAAAAUUGUAUUACCCAUCAGUGAACACUAGUUUCGCAGAGGCCACAACAGCAGUGUCGGCAACAAAAAGAGAAAUCACCACACCCAACUUACUGAAUGCGUCAGUAUCAGAAAGUUUAACAGAUACUUCGAGGUUCACAAUCACAUCUACAAAACCGGCAGACAUCGUAACUUCUCCGAUCAUCAGCACGGCAACAGAUAGAAUUGAUCUUUGCCCAUACAAGUUUCUAUCUGAGGUACACGCAAAUAUUCAGAACAAAGUGUUUAGGCAGUACAUGAGAUAUUGCUAUGAACUGCGGCUAAAGACCGGAACUUGGCUCGAUGCGUCAAAGGAUUGUUCGGAGCGGAGAGGAAUGUUGGUGGUUAUAACAGAUCCGCACGUGCAGUCACUCGUCCAUGGCCUUGUCAAUAACCUUCAGCCGCCCGCUGAUAUCUGGCUUGGUUUUUCCGAUAGAGACGAAGAAGGUGUAUGGCGAUGGGUGGAUGGUCAGCCGACUAGUUACACUAACUGGACACCCAUAGAUCCCGUAUACAACGACAUUAAGGAUUGCGCCAUCAUGAGCCACGACUCGGGUAGUUGGAUGCAGGCGGAGUGUAGUUUCUAUAUGCUACAUACGGAACGUCUUUCAUGGGUCUGCCAAUACGGCAUCUAGCGAUGAGUGCAGUGUUGGCACCGUUCCAGAACAUCAAAUAUGUGUACUAUUUUAUUGGAAUCUAGUGAUACAUCAGAGUUGACACCGUUACUGACAGUUAAAUAUGUGUACUGUUUUCUUUGGCAUCUAGUGCCGAAUGACAAAUUAGCCUUCACACCGUUA